AUGAAAGAGCUAGAAAAAUUAAAAGGACAGUUGUGUCUCCCACACCCUCUCACACCCCAUCUCCCACACCCUCUCACACCCCAUCUUCCACACCCUCUCACACCCCAUCUCCCACACCCUCUCACACCUUAUCUCCCACACCCUCCCACACCCUAUCUCCCACACCCUCUCACACCCCAUCUCCCACACCCUCUCACACCCUGUCUUCCACACCCUCAGACACCAUAUCUCCCACACCCCCUCACACCCCAUCUCCCACACCCUCAGAAACCCUAUCUUCCACACCCUCUCACACCCCAUCUCCCACACCCUAUCUUCCACACCCUCUCACACCCUAUCUCCCACACAUUCUCACACCCCAUCUCCCACACCCUCUCACACCCCAUCUCCCACACCCUCUCACAUCCCAUCUCAUACAACCUCUCACACCCCAUAUCCCACACCGUCUCACACCCCAUCUCCCACACCCCAUCUCCCACACCCCAUCUCCCUCACCCUCUCACACCCCAUCUCCCACACCCUCCAACACCCCAUCUCCCACACCCUCUCACACCCCAUCUCUCAAACCCUCUCACACCCCAUCUCCCACACCCUCUCACACCCCAUCUCCCACACCCUAUCUCUCACACCCUAUCUCUCACACCCUAUCUCCCACACCCUAUCUUCCACACCCUCUCACACCCUAUCUCCCACACCCUCUGA